GUAACUUGAAAUCUUCGUAAUUAACACCACUUUACUAGUGUGGUAGUAGAUUAUAGAAGCUAAAGCAGUGGUAGGAGGAAGGAGAGAAAGUGCAUCUGUGGAGAUUUUCCCUAAACAAAAUAUGGCAUCUAAAUAUGCAGAGGUUAUUAAUAAACUACGAACAACAUUUAAGCAUGGCAUCACAAAGUCUCUAGAAUACAGAAAACAACAGUUAAAAGCUUUGUAUCGAUUGUGUAAGGACAAUGAAGAAGUUCUAGUAAGAGCAAUGAAAGAAGAUCUCAAUAAGCCCAAAUUUGAAUCUGUGGUUUGUGAAAUUGAGUUCAUACGAAAUGACAUUAGAGGUAUGCUAAUAAAUUUGGAGAAAUGGGCAAGUCCAGAAUAUACUUCGAAGCAUGUUGUUCUGAUGUUUGACUCCACAUUUAUCCACCGGGAACCGUUUGGAUUGGUUUUAAUCAUAGGAGCAUGGAAUUAUCCACUGCAGUUAACUCUCAGCCCUCUGGUUGGAGCCAUUGCUGCUGGAAAUGUUGCAGUUAUAAAACCUUCAGAAUUAUCCCCAGCAACAGCAAGAGUUUUGGAAGAUCUCUUACCUCUCUACCUUGAUCAGAACAGCUAUGCUCUAAUUAAUGGUGGGGUACCAGAAACAACUGAACUUUUGAAAGAACAGUAUGACUACAUUUUUUACACUGGCUGUCCAUCUGUAGGAAAGAUUAUCAGGAAUGCUGCCAAUAAACACCUUACACCUAUAACUUUAGAACUGGGUGGAAAAAGCCCUCUCUACCUAGACAAAAGAGUUAACAUUGAAAUAGCUUGUCGAAGAAUCUUGUGGGGAAAAUUCAUUAAUGCUGGACAAACGUGUGUUGCACCUGACUACAUACUUUGUUCUGAAGAAACUCAAGAAGAAUUUAUACACAUGGCUAGUAAAAUUCUUAGUGAGUUUUUUGGGGAAAACCCUCAAAACUCAAGUGAUCUUGCCAGGAUUGUCAACAAAAAACAUUUUCAGCGAAUCUGUAAUUUGAUAACUAACAGUACAGUUGUGGUCGGUGGUGAUUUUGUUGAAGAAGAAUGCUAUAUCUCUCCAACAAUUUUGAAAGAUGUGAAAAUUUCUGAUCCAGUCAUGGAAGAAGAGAUUUUUGGUCCUGUCCUUCCAAUUGUUCCAGUCAAAGAUGUAGAUGAAGCAAUAUCUAUUAUCAACAGCAAAGAGAGGCCCCUUUCUCUCUAUCUGUUUUCUACCAAAGAUGAAGUCAUCAAAAAAUUCCUUAACAGUACUUCAAGUGGAAGUUUCUGUGUCAAUGACACAGUCGUACAUCUUUCAGUGGACACUUUACCAUUUGGUGGUAUUGGAAAUAGUGGAAUGGGUAGAUAUCAUGGCAAGUAUUCUUUCGACACAUUCUCUCAUCUGAAAGCGGUUCUUAAACGGAAUUUUAACCCAGUUUUAGAGCAGCUUGGAUCGCUGCGGUACCCUCCAUAUACAGACCAGAAAAUGAACAAGUUAAUGAUGUUAUUGAAGAAAAGACGUAACCCUUUUCCAUAUGGUACCCCCUACGUGAUCGUAUUCGUGCUGGGUAUUAUCACAGCAGUUGUUAUCAGAUUUAUUCUAAUUGCUUCUGGAGGAAUCAAAUACUUACCUUAUCCUUUCCACUGAAGUUGAACAUUCAAAAACAGAUCAAACUAUGUGCAAUCUGUAAUUAUAGUUCCAUAAAUGUUGAUUGAUAAAUGUAUUCAUUAUGAAGGUUGAAUAAGGAUGCACUGCAUUAUUAAAUUUUGUAUAAGAUUUAAUAAUAUAUACAAGUAAACAAUGUGCUGAGUUUUUAUAAAUAUAUCGAAGCACACUGUAUGUAAAUUCAUAUGACUGGUUUCAUACUGUGAGAAAUUCACCUACUUUUAAAGUAAAAAUUAUUGAAUGCCUAGAAACUGUUCUUGAUUUAAAAGUCCACAUUCUGUUUGAAGAGUAGUUAUUAACUGGUCAAGGAAAGAGUAGUUACUUUAUAAAAUAGUAGUUCUUAUUUUUAAAAAUUGAUCAAAUGAAUAGUAGAUCUUACUUAAAAAAAUUGAUUAAAUAAAUUUACAAAAAUACUGUGUAUCUGUACACACAUGCAUGCACACACACACACAUAAAUAUAUAAUUUUUUUUUCUACAAAAUAUAUAUAAAAAAAUUCGACUAUACAAUACUUGAGAUUUAAAAAUAAUAUUUUAUAAACUACAAACAUAUACAUUAGUCAAUUGUUUAUUGUUUUUUAUGCAGUAUGUGAAUGUUAUUUCUAGCAUAUAUUUGCCUGUUAUGGAUAUCCAAUUGGUAAUUAACUUAGAAUAUUUACCUAAGAUUUGUUGAUAACUUGCCAUUUGAAGUGUCAUAAAAAAAAGUCAAGGAUUGUACCACCUUAUAAUUGCUAUAAGUAUGAAAGAAACAUACAUAAAAGAUAGUUAUACAG